GGUCCAUUUACAUCAACUAUCCGAUAAUCAUAUAAUGUAAGUGUAUCUAUAUAAUAUAAUAGAAGUUAGUAAGAGAGUAAAGGAACCACCACUCUCUCUCAGAGUUCCAGUAAAAAAAAUGUGCACGUUAGAAAAACGCGGUAACAUUUACAUCCUAACCCUAACCGGCGACGAUGAGCACCGGUUAAACCCCACGCUACUCGACUCAAUAACCGCCGCACUCCACCGCAUCCGAUCCGAAACAACCACCACUCCCUCCGCCCUAAUCACCACCGCCCACGGCAAAUACUUCUCCAACGGAUACGACCUCGCGUGGGCCCAAUCCGAUCCAACUCGCCACAUCCUCAUGUCCUCCAAACUCCGGUCACUCGUCCGAGACCUAAUCUCGCUCCCGAUGCCUACAAUCGCCGCCGUAACCGGCCACGCCUCCGCCGGCGGCUUUAUUCUGGCGCAGGCUCACGAUUACGUUCUGAUGAGAAAAGAUAGAGGGUUUAUUUACAUGAGUGAGUUGGAUAUUAAGCUUGUGGUGCCGGAUUGGUUCGUGAAGCUGUUGAAGAAUAAGAUCGGAUCUCCGGCGGCAUUGCGUGAUGUUGUGUUGAGAGCUGAGAAGGUGACGGCGGAGGUGGCGGUGGAGAAGGGGAUUAUAUACUCGGCGCAUGAUAGCUCGGAGGAGACGGUUGCAGCGGCGGUUAAGGUUGCAGAGGAGUUGGUUAAGAGGAAAUGGGAUGGAGAGGUGUACGGUCGGAAUCGGAGGGUUUUGUAUGGUGAUGUGUUGCCGGCGUUGGAGUGUGAUGAGACUGUUGAGGAUGUGAAACAUGCGAAUAUUGGGCCGUCUAGACUUUAAUAAAUUAAUAUUGAAAUUGUUGGAAUGUUUUAAUAAAUUAAUGUGUUAUGUGAUAUGAAUUUGUAGCCUGUGUGGCGUCUACUAUGGUGAUGAACCACUAGUUGGUUGGUUCUAGAUUAUUUAAAUUCGAAUAAUAUAUGUUGAUCUUUAAAAAA